AACAAAAAAAAUCCCCAAACAACAAAACCCAGCAGUUACAGACUAAGAUAGUUCUUGGUUUUCUAGAAACAAAUCAUUGAGAUUUCCUUUCUAACAAUACUUCUGAAGCACAGAUAAAAUGGCUUCCUGUCCCAGGGUUUCCUGUAUCCAUGGCAACCUGACUUCAGGCACUUCUUUCCUAGUUUCCUGAGCAAACUGUUGCAAACCCUGGGGCAAAAAUGUCAGUGUUGUAGUACACAGCAAUACUGGCUUUACCAAGGUUUCCCAGAUGAGUGAAGUUGGUCAGUUUAUAACAUAAUCUAGCGGAUUGCAAACAGCAAAAUAACGGAAAUAAUGAACUUCAGAUUUGGGUGAAGUCAGAGAGGACUAAGAAGGCCAAAGACAGGGAUAUGUGUGUUCUGCAAAGUUCUUCAUCCUGCCCAGGAGCAUUCCUGUAUAUAUUUAAUUGUUUUCUUUGGUUGCUGCUCCAGAAGGAGGCUUUUGGCUGUCCAUCUGCUUGUCAGCUCUGCACAGGGAGACAAGUUAGCUGUCGUAAUGCAGGGCUUUCGAGCAUCCCUUGGAACCUUCCUAAAACAACAAUUCUUGUUUACCUCAGUGGGAAUAAUAUAUCACAUGUCACUCCAAAUGAUCUAAGAGGCUUUCUGAAGCUUGCUGCACUCCACAUGGAUAAUUCCAGUAUUUUGUAUGUGCACCCAAAAGCUUUUGUGGAACUCCCCAAACUGUGCUACUUGCAUCUAAAUAGCAAUCAUAUUAAACGCCUGGAUCCAGGAAUCUUUGAAGGCCUUUCCAAUCUUCAUUGUUUAUAUCUUCAGAAUAACCAAAUAGCUUUUCUUCCCAGAGGAUUAUUUAGUGAUCUUCUUUCUGUUAGAUAUUUAACACUUCAAAGAAAUCGUCUCAGUGUCCUUGGAAGUGGGACUUUCUGGGGAAUGAUAAGUCUCCAAACACUAAACCUAGCAAAUAAUAAGAUUUCACGGAUAUCAGAUGCAGCAUUUCAUCAUCUUGAAAAUCUUACAUAUUUGUUUCUUGAAGGUAACAACUUACCACUUGUGCCAUCAAAUGCCAUUGGAAGGCUCAAAAAUCUUGAAAGACUUUCUUUGUCUCACAAUCCCAUUGGAUCAAUUCAGCCUUUUGCAUUUAAGGGACUUAAUAAGCUUAAAUAUCUAUCUUUGAAAAAUGUCAAGCUAAAAUGUGUUGCUGUAAACGGAUUUUUUGGAUUAAACAACCUUAGCCAGCUAAUCUUAAGUUAUAAUGAUUUAGAAACUAUAAAUUCCAGCACUUUUACCUUAUUGACGAAUUUAAUGUAUCUACAGCUAGACAGAAAUAGAAUAGGCAGUAUUGGCAAUGGUACCUUUGAAAAAAUGGGGCGGUCACUUAAAGUACUCAAUUUAGCAUUUAAUAAUAUCACAGAGUUACAACCUGAAGUGCUCAAGCCCUUAGUAUCUCUAACUCAUCUGCAGGUACAUUCUAAUCCUUGGAACUGCAGCUGCAAAAUGCUUGCAUUACUUAAUUGGCUAGCAUCAUCUUCUGUUUCUGCAAAAAUCCACUGUCAGUAUCCUCAGAGUAUGCGUGGUAGACCUUUGCAUUAUAUGAAAUGGGCUUGGUUUUCAAACUGCAUUGGCCCCACUGCCAGCCUGGGCUCUGCCCCAAGUCUGGGAUCUGUCGUGGUGCGUCACAGCGCUACCACUCUGCUGAUGGCCUGGCAUAAAGGGAACAGGCACAACACAUUGGAGCAAUUUGUCACUGCAGAAACUAAGUAUAUUGGUUUCUGGGAGGGAACUGCAGCCACAUCUUCUACCCCAUUGCCUUAUCAGGAAUAUGCUGUUGAAGUGCCAUCACAGGCAGCUACAGUGUUAUCAACAUUACCAGUGCAAAUUCCAGCAAAAAUUAUACCUACUAAUGGAAAUGUAGAAGAAGAAUGGUUGUUUACAACGGAUCCUUCUCCUGCAUCAGUAAAAACAACCCAGAUUUGUACACAACAGGUUGAAAAGCUGAAUCAAGCUUUUGAUAUUUUACUAGCCUUUUUCAUGCUGGCUUGUGCUGUUAUCCUGUUCUUAACCUGUAAAAUUAUUCAGUUUAGGCAAAAACUAAAGGUGCUGGAAAACUCAGGGGAAAAGAGUAUAGAAUAUUAUGGCUUUUAUCAGCCUGGCAGAUACAACAUUACUGACUCAGUGCAGUCUCUAACUCGGAAAUCAGUGGAACAUUCAGAACUGGACCAAAUAAGGCUGCUCAAGCGAACAGUAUCAGAAAGUCAGGCACAGGUCAUCUUGUUCGAACAUUCAUCAUUGUAAUUUAUCUCAUUUGAUUUGGUGUUAACUGUGAUAUGAAAGGUCAAGAAAUCAAGAGCUCAAUUCUGUAAAAAUACGUUUACCAAUUAAAAUCAACUGCUUAAUAGAACUGUGGAAAAUGGCACAAUUUGGGUUAUGCGUCAACAUUUGCUUACUGAAUGUUUUGAAAUUUAUUGAUUAUUUCAUUAUAUGUCAUUUCAGCCUAACAUGGAUAAGUUUAUUAACCUAGGUCCCUGUUUGUAGUAGUUUUUCACCUAUGCUCAAGUGUACAUGUAGUAUAAAGUACAGUUUAAUUUAUUUUGCCAUACUUAAUGAUGUAAAUUCCUGUAGAAAUUCCAUAGCUGUUGUGCAGCAAGCAAAAUAUCAGUUCUUAGUAGGAUCACGAAGCCAAGAAAUCUUGGGGAAUCAGAAGUGUUUCAUGUGUUUAUUGUAAUAGAGUUUAUACUCUUCCUCUAUUAAAUAAAGCACAGGGGAAACCCCCCCACAUUUACAGUUAGCAUGUUCAAAUUCAUGAGCAAGAGAAAAAUUUUAAACUAUACAAAUUCUAUUUAUACACAUAGCAUAUUGUAAUAUACAAAGUUGUGUGUUCAGUCUGUAUAAUGUUUAUAUUGAAGUGAUUUUUAUUAGCAUGUAUCUCUAUGGUUUUAUGAAAUACCCUAAAUUGGAGUUAGGAAAACCAAAAUGCUGUUGAAAUUUACCAAAGUGUGAUGACCAAAUUUAUUAUGUCUAAAGUAAUAGAGCUGGUUAAUUAUCGUCAAUAACAGAUCAUCAUCUAUGUCAUCUAUGUAGUAAUAUUUCUUAGGGACUUUUUAGCUAGAUAAGAGGUACAAAUUGAAGAAAUACACUACACUGUAAGUGUAAAUGUAAAUGCUAAAUUAAGAGCUGAAAACAUUUACAUAUUGGUUUUUAUUUGAAGGUGUCAGGUCCAGAUAUGUGUUCUUAGUUAAAGCUUCAUCUUCAAAAUAGGGAUAUUUUCUUUUAUAGUUUGCAUAUAACUUUUUAUUUCUAUUUCAAAUGUUAGUGUUCUGUUGUUGUCAGGGCAUGUCUAGUAUGCUGUAGCUUUAUUUUCAACCUGAAUGUCUACGAUUUUUGUUUUUCUGUUAAUACUAUAAUUCAAACUUUUUUUCUGGAAUUAAAUGUCAUAAAACUAUGUGCCAAAUAGUCUGAUGUUGUAAAAUCUACUUAUUUUUGUAGAUGCUGUUUUUCUUGUACAGGCUGUGCCCUAGAGAUUUUGGUCACAUUUAUAAGUUACACAGUUUACAGCUAGACCAUUUUCCUCAAAGAAAAGUGGGGAACAAUGCUUUGAUAGACUUUCCUCUGUGGUGUUGAUUUAAAUUGUGUAGAAGCAUAUUGCUGUUCCAGGCUCCAGCCCAGAGCCUGUUGCAUUCUCCAGCUGAGCCAGAGCUGCCCUCAGCAUUCUUGUUCUCUCUCCUCUCUUUCCUGCUGCUGUAACUCUGGGCUGUGCAGAUCCCAGUCAUCCUGUUUGUCCAUCUGCAGUUCUUUUCCAGCAGGGAAAAAAAAAAAUCUAUUUUCUACUACCAGGACAUAUAGAAAUCUUGACUGCACUGAGUGGGUGUGAAAGUGCAAGUAUGACUUCAUUAUUGUUUGUUAUUAGUGUAAUGAAAUAAUACUGUAUUUGUGUGUAAUUUAUUGUAUUAUAGAUCAAAUACUUCUAGGGAACACACAAUUCAGCUUAUUGGACAAAAGCUUAAACUGUUUAGUAUUGCUUGAGUAGAAACUAUUCUUUAAAAUUAUUUUCUAACUUAAGAUCAGAUGUUAAAUAUAAUGGGCAAAUGCUUUUAGGAAGGGAAAACACUGGCUGUAAUUUAUGCACCUUUCUCCAGAGGCUAAUCCACUGCAGUCUCUUUCACAUCAACUCAUUUUUGUUACCUUCUGUGUCUCCUACAUAAUUUGUUGUGAUAAAUAUUAAUUUUGUUUUCACUUAGUAACAACUGCACAAUCAAUGAUUGCAUGUAGUAGGUUCUGCAGUUUUAUGUGCUAUAAUUUUAAAUUUUUAAUUUUAUGUGAAUGCCUUCAGAAAUAGUGGACUUCAAAUGCAGUAGAAACUAGUUAAGUUUCUCUUGCUAGAAAUGCUGCUACGCCUUUUUUACAGAGGAGUUUUGCUAAUUCACAAAGGUUAAAAACUGAAUAAACCUAAUUCUCAAUUCUCAAAUCUAGCAGAGAGCAGCUCUGUUAUUUUAGGCUCUGAUUUCCACAGCUGCUCUUUACAGAAAGGCAUGAGAGCUUCUCUCUGUAGAUGCAUCUUUUUCACUGACAAGCUGCUGUGGGAGUUGUUUGCCAGGUAUGCCUCUCACCAUCUGUAGUGGGGGAACAUGAAAGGAAACUGGUGUCACAGCUGUUUGCGCAGCAGAGAGUUAGAGCCAUUGAAAGCCAUCCUUUGGAGUGGAGAUAUCCUCGAAUUACCAGCUUGCCGACACAGGGAUUAGACUGACAAGGCACUGAGAGAUUUAUUAUGCAGUUGUGAGGGAAAGGCCUUUCUUUAGCAGCCAGUAUCUUUUGUAUUUGAAUGUUCACUUGAGGAAGCCAACUCUUUAAUGUACACAUGUGGUUCAUAUGUCAAUUAAAAUCACUAGGGAAUAAUUAGAAGCCUUAGUGAAAUCUGCCCUCGUGAAGCAAAGUGGUGCUUCAUGAAGAUCAGGUUUAUGGUCAGUCACAGGACUCCCCUGGCAAUACUGUCUUAGCUGCUACUUCACUGCUUUAGGAGCUCCCUAGAACUGUGCAGCUCCUAAGGGUGUGUGUGUGUGUGUGUAAUAAUCAUUUACGUCACUUACAAUAUGUGCAGAGUAACCUCUGCUUGUCCCACUCCACCUCUUUCCUUGGCUAAUGAGAUAAGAAAAAAGAAUUAAACUUGCUCAAUAUGUAAACUAGUAAAGAUAUGAAAUCAAAUUCUUCUUGGUGUUUGCAUCAUCCUGGUGAAUGUAGAAAAGCAGAAAAUGUUUUCUUUUAUCUCUGAAAAAGUCUUUUUUCUCAUACAGAUUUUUUUCUCAUUCUCUGAGGGAUAUGCAAAGUAGAUAUGGGAUCCAUUUUAUUUAAGCAUCACUAAAAAUAUGUCAGGACAUGUUUUAACAUGAUGACAAACUUUUGUCUCCAGUAGUUUGCUAUGUAAGUGAAGUAAAAAUUAGGAAUUUUCACAUAAAACCUCAGGAUAAUAAAUUGUACAUAGAGCCGUGUGCAUUAGAAAUUAAAACAGAAUGAAAAAAACCAAACAAAGUAUGUUUUUUAUUUUCAGAAUAGAUUGGGUCUGUUCUGUCCUUUGCAAAGCCUUUAUUCUUUUAUUUAAAAACUUAUGCAAACUUCUAUUUUGAAGUUUUGAGAUUAUUUUUGUGGAAGCUGCCUUGAAUGCUAAAUUUUGUUUUCUGUUGGUGAGGUGAAUUUUAUUAACAGGCAGCAUAAAAUAUCUGUUCUGUAAUAAAAAAAAAAAGUAGUGCUUAUAUCUUUGAAACUGGAUUAUGAAGUGUUUUAGUCCCAAUUGUGAGCCUUUUACUUUUGCUGCCUACCAAAACAUUUUUUGUGCCAAUAAUUUAGGAAGACUGGGUAGAUAUAAAACCAGUUGUAGCCUGAUGGUUUUGUUUGUUGCAUUGCUAAUCUGGAUUGUAUGCAAUUCAAUGGGGGAACUGCUUAAAUGGUGUCUUCCUCCAGGUUUAAGAUUUUAGGAUGAAACAUAUUAACUCCUCUGUUCUGAAAAUUCAUCUAAAUGCAGCAUUUGUCUUCUUUGUAUCCACUCAUGAAUUUUCUAAUUAUUUCUUUAAAUAAGUAGGCUAAUUUUAGUCUCUUUGAAAAGGUAUUACUUUGAGUGACAUGGCAUGCUUUCUUAUCUAUGAAAAUAAGGCCUGAUGCGUUUUAUAAUUUUAUAUUGCCACUGAACUUCGAGGUUUCUUUUUUUAAAGCGUGAGUCUGUGGUAUCUUUAUUUUUCACCAGCGUGUGUCUUGUGUUCUAGGAAUAGUCACAGUGUUUAAUGGCUCCAUACUUGGUAAAUAUUCCAGUGGGUCUUUGGUAGAAAGAAACUGUAUGUCCCAUUUAAAGAGGAGAAAAAAGCAAAGUAAAGGAAUUAUAUUUACUGAAAGCUGCAAGCAAAUUACAUUUUGAAAGGUGCUCUACAUUCUUUUUUUUCCUUAAAAAAACCCAAAAACACUUUCAUGAAUCUUCCACUAAAGAAGUGAAGUACUAUUUCUCAUUUAUGUCAUAAAAUAGGAAUAUUCUUUCCAAGAAAUCAGUGAUUUCCUUAUGAGCUUUUGUGGUAACUGUGAAGAGCAAUAUUUUUGCUGCUCUGUGCUGAUGAGACCGCAGCUGGAGUGCUGCAUCCUGGUCUGGGCCCUUAACGUAAGGAGGACCUGAUACUCCAGGAGCAAGUCCAGGGACCGCGAGGUUGAUGAGAGGAGUGGAACGCUCUCCUAUGAAGACAGGCUGAGAAAGUUGUGGUGGUUCAGCCUGGAGAAGAGAAUGUUGUGUGGAGACCUGACUUCAAACUUCCAGUCUCUGAAAGGGCCUGCAAGGAGGCCAGAGAGGGACUGUUCAUCAGAAAUGGUAGUGAUAGGACAAGGGGGAAUGACUUAAAAGUGGGAGUAGGUCUUGAUUAGAUUUUAGGGAGAAAUUCCUUACUGUGAGGGUAAUGAAGCACUGAGUUGCCCAGAGAAGCUGUGGAUGCUCCCUCCCUGAAAGUGUUUAAGGCAAGGAUGGAUGGGGCUUUGAGCAGCCUGGUCCAUUGGAAGGUGACCUGCCUAUGGCAACAAGAGUCAGAACUAGGUGACCUCACUUUCAACCCAAUCCAUUCUGGGAUUCGUGCAACUUGGAAGGAAGAAAUAAUACAGAUAUUGGACAGCAUCCUGUAUUAUUAAGAGAAUAGUGUGUAUGAACAGGGCAUACACUUCUCCAGGGCUCAAAGUGUUCACAUUUUUCUCCAUUGAAUGCUUCCUAUCUACUAUUGAUGUGACUCUGAGGGCAUCUUGUUGGGAAAUACUAACCUUACUCAUGUUGGAAAAUAUUAACUGUUUUAGGUAUAUUCUUAAAGAUGUGUUUCAAAAACAAGGAUGAGGCAAAAGAAUCUUAAUGGAGAUGUGCUAGGCAGGACCCUUGACUUGGUGAAGAAACCUGCUCUGUCUCAGAACCUAACAGAUUCAUUCUCACAACAUGUAACAUUUUGCUGUUCUGAAUGUGAUGGGGAAGCCUUUUGGCAAAGAACUAAAUGUCUUUUAAAAUACAUAACUGGCAAUCAGGCAGUAGAAAUCAUGUCAGUUUUCAUUUUGUGGAAUUCAAGAGUUUCAAGACUGAUAUGCAAAAUACACUUCAGAUUCUGGCAUACCAAGAGUAGCUGAAUUUUAAAAAGGGAACAAAAACUAAUCCCUUUGAAAGAAAGGAUCAUGAAUGAGAUUACAGUUUUAUCAAAACAAACAUAAAAGAAAUACUUUCUAUGCUUAGUAUUCUAAUGUGGUAAGCAUUUUUUCUAAGGUAUCUAUUGUUAUUUAGCUCUUUGUCAUAUGUAUAAAAUGUUGUUGUGUGUCCGAUAAGAAAUUUUUCAAAAGCAAUUGCUGUUGUGUAAGGGGCUACAGUUCAUCCAUGUCUUCAGUUUUCACCCCAAAUAAGAAAAGGAAAUGAAAGAAUAUUAGGAAAUAGAUUUGUCUGUGUUAAAACAAUUAUCAACUACAAAGUACAAUAUAUGUUCAUGUUCGAUGCCUAUAAAUAAACGCAAUGUGUCUGCUUCUGCCUCUGCCUCUUAGGGAGCAGCAUCAGCAGCAUCUUUUUGGGAGAAUUAAGCCUGAAAUUCCAAACAGGGAGCAAUAAGGUGCAUCAGUCAGUGGCAGUCCCAGGAAAAGGGUUGUAGUUUAUGAUCACCAGUUCGGUCCUUUCUCUUUCUUUGCUGCAUGUAGCUGGAGGUAUUCCUGAGAUGAACAUCUUUUCCCUUGCAGUUUGUCGUCAUGCUUUUGCAGUUCAUGGAGUAGGAGUCUGAGAACCCGUGUUCUACAACAGCAUGUCUCUGGCAUUAGAUCCACAGUAGCAGGAAAUGGAGCAGAAGCAGCAGCUGGCUGCUCUCCAUUAACGAGGAGCUGGUGUCCCCUACUAUGUGUGUCAACGGGAGAUCUUGUUGCUAUGCCCUUACCCUACCAGCACAUCCUUUCUCAAGGCAGGGGCAAAUGUAAAUGUGUUCAGUGUCAUUUUGGGCGUUGUGGACCUGUCUAGUCAAGCCCUCAGGUCAUGCUGAGUAAAGGUACUCGUGUCUUUUAACUCCCAAGUGAUAUCUACCAGACUUUUGCAUUAGUCUUAAAUAGCUUUAUGUGUCAAAUGGCAGAAGCUGUCUGUGUUUAAACAGAUAAAUCCUGUUGCCCUUUCUCUGUACAGUCAGGAAAGUGACUUUCUUGCAGAACUGGUUGCAGGGUUUUUCCACCCAUUCUGGGGAGCUGACUCCCCAGUCAGCUGGAAAAUGAAGAAAUACAGGUAAGUAGGGGAGUGUACCUUCUUUACAAGCAGCCAUUGCUCAAGGGGUUGUGUAGGUUUAUGUGUUGAAGAGUGAUGGUAGAAAAGUUCUAAAUGUUUCGGGAGUAGAAGCCGCUACUCUCUUCCCUGUUGGCAGGAGCAUGCCCUUCCCACUCAGUUUCUUGACUCCUAAUGUCAAGGAUAUUGCUAAUGUGUAUUUCCUUCUGUUCAUUUGCAAUUACUUUUAGGUUUUCAGUGGCACACUAAGUUCUAUUAUAUUUAAAAAUAAUGUUUCUUGUAUAUUUUGAAGCCUUUUUGUAAUUAAACAGUAUACUGAAUUAGCUGCUUGAUAGCAUGCUCAGCUAAGCAGUAAACAAGGAAAAUACCUCUCAAUAAAUGUACUCCAAAAUUGAGCAAAUUUCCUGUGCAGUUCCUUUAGCUAAGUCACUUUCCUGUUCUUUUCCAAUGUUAUCCAAAGUAAAUUUUGUUCUU